GGAAGUGAAGGGGCCAUGUUGGUGAGUGACCCCGGGAGCGGUGGCCGGCGGCAGGCGAGUCCCGAGGCGGCGAGGAGGCGCGCGCGGUCCGCGGCUCGACGCCCAGCCCCCGCCCAUCCCCCAUGGCCCCCUGGAGCCGCGAGGCGGUGCUGAGUCUCUACCGGGCUCUGCUGCGCCAGGGCCGGGCGCUGCGCUACACUGACCGGGGCUUCUACCUGGCCUCCAUCCGCCGCGAGUUCCGGAAGAACCAGAAGCUCGAGGACCCCGCGGCCCGGGAGAGGCAGCUGGAAAAGGGCCUGGUCUUCCUUCACAGCAAACUGGGGGGGAUCAUCUAGGCCCCUCUCCUGUCCCUGCGCCCCAGGGAACGAGGGCGGAGACGCCGUGUGCCCAGCCGUCUGCCCGCCCCUGGCGCUGCCUCGCCGAUGUGGUGAGCCAUGGCGGGCGCCGGCGAGCGCAAGGGCAAGAAGGAUGACAAUGGCAUCGGCACGGCCAUUGAUUUUGUGCUCUCCAAUGCCCGG